AUGGACACCGUACAGAUGCGGCACAACCCGCGGAGGCAAUUGAAAAAGUUGAGUGAGGAAAACUUGAAUAAACAGCCUGAAGAAGUUUUUGAUGUGCUGGAGAAACUCGGAGAAGGGUCCUAUGGCAGUGUUUACAAAGCCAGUCAUAAAGAAACAAGCCAGAUUGUGGCUAUUAAGCAGAUUCCAGUUGAGUCGGAUCUUCAAGAAAUCAUUAAGGAAAUCUCCAUUAUGCAGCAAUGUGACAGCAAUCAUGUUGUGAAGUAUUAUGGAAGCUACUUUAAAAAUACUGACCUGUGGAUUGUGAUGGAGUAUUGUGGAGGAGGAUCGGUCUCUGAUAUCAUUCGACAAAGAAAACAAACCUUGAAAGAGGAUGAAAUUGCAACUAUAUUGCAGUCAACUCUAAAAGGAUUGGAAUACCUUCAUUUUAUGCGAAAAAUACACAGAGACAUCAAGGCUGGGAACAUACUACUAAAUUCUGAGGGAAUUGCUAAACUUGCAGACUUUGGAGUGGCCGGUCAGUUGACAGACACUAUGGCAAAAAGGAACACCGUAAUCGGCACUCCAUUUUGGAUGGCUCCCGAGGUGAUCCAGGAGAUCGGAUAUAAUUGUGUUGCAGACAUUUGGUCACUUGGUAUAACUGCUAUUGAAAUGGCUGAAGGGAAGCCUCCAUACGCUGAUAUUCAUCCCAUGAGGGCAAUUUUCAUGAUCCCAUCAAACCCACCACCAACGCUACGGAAACCAGAGCUUUGGUCAAAGCAUUUCAUAGAUUUUAUUAACCAGUGUUUAGUUAAGAACCCUGAGCAAAGAGCCAGUGCAACUGAACUUCUCCAGCACCCGUUUGUGAAAACAACAAAAGGAGCAGCCAUCUUGCGACAUUUAAUAAAUGAAGCCAUGGAAGCAAAGAUCAAACGGAGUGAAUUACAGCAGCGUGAAGUGGAACCUGAAGAGGAAGAAAAUGCGGAUGAGGAUGAUGAACCAGAUUCUGGGACAAUGGUCCAGGCACGAGGCAGAGACGCGGGCACAAUGCUGGAGUUUAGUACUCUGAGUGAGGAAGCUGCUAACACAAUGGUGGAAAAUGAACAUCUGACGACCCAGCUUGGCACCAUGUUAAUAAACAAUGAUGAGGAGGAGGAGGAGGAAUCUGGCACCAUGAAACAAAGCAGUCAGCCUGCACAGCCGUCCAAACCAUCAUUCUUGGAGUAUUUUGAGAAGAAUGAGAACCAGUUGGGUGCCACAGAAAAGAACAGUGCAGUAGAGUCACCCAGUUCCUUUGAAUGGAAGAUACCACUGAAUGGAGAUUACAGCUUUUUAAAAGACUGGAGUGUGGAUGAACUCCAGAAGAAACUAAAUGAACUGGAUCCAAUGAUGAAUCGGGAAAUUGAAGAAAUCCAUCAAAGAUACCAAGCCAAGCGGCAGCCCAUACUAGAAGCCAUUGAUUCCAAGAAACGCAGGCAACAGAACUUUUAA